AUGUUAUUUCUUUCUUUUAAGAUAUUUAUAUUUGUUCUAGUAUUAAAUAUAAUAUUAGGUUCCAAUAAGAAUAAUAAUGUUAUAAAUAUAUUUGAAAAAAUUAAAAACAAGAAACAAUUUCAUAUAAGGAUUAAUAAAUCAUUAGCUGAAUAUAUUAAAAAUGAAAGCAGAAAUUAUGAGUCAAUAGAAUUUGAUUUAUUAUAUGAAGAAUUGGUAGAACAAAAAUUAAAAAACUAUCAAAGAUUAAUGGAUCUUAGGAAGAAGGAAAAGAAUUAUGAAAAAAGAAAACGAAGAGAUAAAAAGUUUCAAGAUAAAGUUGUGAGGAAUAAAUUAAAAGCGUAUUAUGUAUUAAUUGGUGAUUAUAAUAAAUACUAUGAAAUCAGUGAUUCCUUUAAUUUAUUUGAAAGAAAAAACAAAAUAAAAGAUAAAUUAUAUGAAAUGAACGAUUUAUUUAAUUUGAGUGAAAGAAAGCAUAAAAUAAAAAACAAAUUAUACAAAAAUAUAUUUAAAGGAACAAGUUUCUGGAAAAAUCUUGGGCUUUUUUUAGAAUUCUUAGGUAUAUGUGCAGCGGAAAGUAUGAUUUUUGUUAUUUUUAAUUCUUUAGUUUUAAUUUUAAAAAUUACGAGUGAUACAAUGUUUUCCUGCUUAACAUCUGUGAUAGUACCUCUUGGUAUUUAUGGCGUCUCAAUUUUGUUAAUAAUUAUUACAGUUAUAGUAGUUGUAUUACUUGUUGUUUGGUUGUGGCCCAAGGAAGAAAAAAAUCUUAUAAAUAAAAUGACAGAGCCUAUUUAA